CCCGAGUAAGAGCCAUAUAAACAUGCAAUACCUGCAAAUAGCAUCUUUCAGAUCUCCUGGCAGAAUCAAACUUGACUGAAUUGAAGACCACUCAAAGAACAUCAAUCAUGCCUCGAACGACAUCUCCCCGUCCUCAGCGGCCCACCAUCGAUAACGAGUACAACGUUGUUCUAGAGAAACCAUUCGCUGCCACUUUCCCCUCCAAGCGCAUUGAAAUCAUCGGCGAGCCAAAUAGAGAUGCUCAAAUCAAAGUCACAAAGCGCAGUGGGGAACAUAUGCAGGAUAUGACAGUAUACGAGGGUCACUUGGACAGGGAGGACUCCCGAGAGCUUUACGCGAUGAUGAACGGGCUGCGCGGCUUUCCUGCCAACCCUAACAAGGACGUCUAUGGCUUGGACACUCGACUCUCUUUUACCACUGAUAUGCAAUUCGAUAAUGGAGGAGAAGAGACCACUGGCGAACUUACGGAAGAGCAGAGAUAUACCUUCAGGGAUGUGUGCGAUAGCGUUGAGGCCUUGGGAAGGCUGAGGGCCAGGCGGCCUUCAGCUGUGUAGUUCAGGUAAUUGUGUGUAAACUCUGGGAUUCAUUGAAACCGUCUAUACGAGGGAAAAUGUAUUGUAUCAUCGGGAAUGCGGCUCACUAGACGGGCCUGUCUGACUCACCAAAGUAGUAUUCAGAGAACGCAUUCACGCUGUGUACAGAGGCGGUGGGUUUCCGC